AUGUGGCUGCCGCUUAUCUUUAUUGCCUGUCUAGCCGGCGUGAGUGGAUCCGUGGGUGGCGAGGGUAAGCCACCAGUGGAGCAGUCCUUUAUGCCCCGCUACACGCCGGUGGCCGAGGGCAAGCGACAGGAUCUGGAUUUACCCGCUGAAGGAAGCCUUGACCAGCAGCAGAGACCUCCUGCGGGCGACAAGAAACCCUGGCGGAGAGUGGAGUACGGCUACGAUGGCGUUUCUACGGCUUCCUGGGCGGCUCCCUCGCCUUCGGCGGCCAUCCUGUCCAUCCUGAAUCCCCUGCUGGCACCGGGAAUGCUGCUCUUGGGCGUUAACCUAGGAGCCCUUCUCUAUAUGCUGCUGGGCCUCCUGGGACUGGCUCCCCAUCGAAGCGGCGGCUCCAGCCGGGUGGCCCCGCAUCCGGAUGCCAAUAACCACUUCUGGCCCGACGAUCCAAACUUCUACCGCCGAGACAGGCACAAUCUGGGUGAGGGCAAGGAAACGGCUGUAUAUUUUUAGAUAUAGCGCGUAACGCAAAGCUUUCUUUCAACUUUCUUUAUCAAAAAGUAUAUAGGAAACGUACAUAAAUAAAUUCAAAGGUUAAGAACUGAAA